AUGUCGGUCGUACAGCAACAACAUGAUCAGCAGACCACGCUGUCAAAGGCGGUUUUCAAGAAGGAGUUCGCCAGCACCUCGCAGCAGGCGCCCUUGAAGAGAUUCUGUGAUGACCUCCGAAAGCACUUCGAGCAGUUCGGGAAUGGGGCCGAGGGCGCCGAGCGCGUCAAGAGCAUGAUGUCCGAGUACAUCGACACCCACGAAGAUUGGAAGGACUACGCGCUCUACCACCCGGCCUUCUACGCCCGCAAUCUCGUCGAAGCCAAUGAGCACUUCGAGCUCAUCGUCAUCUGCUGGAAGGACGGCCAGAAGAGCCCCAUCCACAACCACGCCGGCUCGAGCUGCUGGAUGGGAUGUCUCGAGGGCAAGAUCGAGGAGACGUACUACCACGUAAAGGACGAACCCGAGACUGGCCCUGAGGAAGGCAUCUGCCCCAACCUCAUCAAGGGCCAGACUGAAGCGCACACAAAAGGCGAGGUGGCGUACAUUCGCGACGAGAUUGCCCUCCACGUAAUUCGGCCGAUCGACGGCAACGGCGUCUCCCUCCAUCUCUAUUCGCCCCCCAUCAAGUCCUGCCUCAUCUACAUCCCAGCUCUCGGAAAGACUGCGCGCAAGACCGUCGGCUACCACACGAUCGACAAGGUCCGAUGUAACGAUGAUUGA